CAGUCUCACCAUGCUCAGUCCUCUUUUUCGAGCCCAUGGCCUCCUUGUGGCCUCCCACCCCUGGGAGGUGAUCAUCGGCACUGUCACUCUCACCAUCUGCAUGAUGUCCAUGAACAUGUUCACUGGAAACGAUCAGAUCUGUGGCUGGAACUUGGACUGCCCCAAAUCAAAGGAGGAAGUACUGAGCAGUGACAUCAUCAUCCUGACCAUCACACGCUGCAUUGCCAUUCUUUACAUUUAUUUCCAGUUCCAGAGCCUGAGACAGCUGGGCUCCAAAUAUAUUCUGGGCAUCGCUGGUCUGUUCACCAUUUUCUCCAGCUUUGUGUUCAGCACAGUGGUCAUUCACUUUUUUGACAAAGAGUUAACGGGGCUGAAUGAAGCUUUGCCUUUUUUCCUGCUUCUCAUGGAUCUGUCCAAAGCGUGUGCACUUGCCAAGUUCGCCUUGAGCUCCAACUCUCAGGAUGAAGUGAGGGAGAACAUUGCUUCUGGCAUGGCAGUUCUGGGACCAGCCUUCACUUUGGACGCUCUAGUGGAGUGCUUGGUGAUCGGUGUGGGAACCAUGUCAGGUGUUCGGCAACUGGAGAUCAUGUGCGGCUUUGGAUGCAUGUCAGUUUUAGCCAACUACUUUGUGUUCAUGACAUUCUUCCCUGCGUGUGUGUCUUUGGUGCUGGAGUUGUCUCGUGAGAAUCAAGAGGGCCAUCCUAUCUGGCAGUUGAGUAACUUUUCCAGAGUGAUGGAGGAGGAGGACAACAAGCCCAACCCUGUAACACAGAGAGUUAAAGUUAUCAUGUCUCUGGGCCUGGUGAUGGUUCACGCCCUCAGCCGCUGGAGUUCCAAACCCUUAAGCACAAACACCACUGAAACCGACCUCCAGAUCAGCGAGAGCCUGAGCCACCUCUCCCCGAAACGAAUUGAGCCUGUGAUGCCGCUGUGGCACUUCUACCUCAGCAGAAUGAUCACUAUGGACUUGGAGCAGGUGAUCUGUCUGUUCCUCGCCCUGCUGCUAGCUGUCAAGUACAUCUUCUUUGAGCAGUCUGAGACGGAGUCUGUGCUGUCCUUGAAGAGUCCCAUCUCUCUGGCUCCCCGAACCCCAAACCUGCUCCACGUGGAGACCUGCUGCAUCAGGGAGCCAGCUGACCGCAAAUUCUCAGCUUCUGCCUCUACCUGCAGGGCAGAGAGAGAUGAAGUUAUUCGGCCGUUUCCAGCCCUCACCACUGAGCAAAAGACCUUGUUUGUUAUUGGAGAAGAAGAAGAAAUAGAAGAGAGAAAGUCUGAGGUCACUGAGCCCAGUUUCCCUAAGAGACCCAGAGGAUUGGAUGAAUGUGUGUCCAUCUUUAAAAAUCCUGAGCUGGGGCCCCAUCAUCUGAGUGAUGCUGAGAUCAUGCUCCUCGUGGCUUCCAAACACGUCCCUGCGUACAAACUGGAGGCUCUGAUGGAGAAACCAGAGAGAGGAGUGUCCAUACGACGACAGAUGAUCUCUGCUAAGCUUUCCUCUCCUUCUGCACUUUCCUCCCUGCCAUACACCAACUAUGAUUAUUCAAAGGUUCUGGGCACCUGCUGUGAGAACGUGAUUGGUUACAUUCCAGUCCCUGUGGGUGUGGCUGGACCACUACACCUGGAUGGUAAACAGUUUCAGGUUCCCCUGGCAACAACAGAAGGUUGUCUUGUUGCAAGCACAAACCGUGGCUGCCGAGCAAUCGCACUGGGUGGCGGAGCCAGCAGUCGUGUUCUAGCCGACAGCAUGACCCGUGGACCUGUUGUUAGGCUCCCCUCAGCCUGCAGGGCUGCUGAGGUCAAAGCCUGGCUCGAGAGUCCAGAUGGUUUUCAGGACAUCAAAGAUGCUUUUGACAACACCAGCAGGUUCGCUCGGCUCCAGAAGCUGCUGGUUGGUCUGGCUGGGAGAAAUCUUUACAUUCGUUUCCACUCCAGAACUGGAGACGCCAUGGGGAUGAAUAUGAUCUCUAAGGGCACGGAGCAGGCUCUUCACCGACUGCAGCAUCACUUCCCUGAGCUGCAGAUUGUUGCAGUAAGUGGAAACUACUGCACAGACAAGAAACCAGCUGCCAUCAACUGGAUUGAUGGGAGGGGCAAGUCUGCUGUCUGCGAGGCCACUAUCCCAGCAAAGGUGGUCCGGGAGGUCUUAAAGACAUCAACGGAGGCUCUGGUCGAUGUCAACAUCCAGAAAAACCUGGUUGGCUCAGCCAUGGCAGGAAGCAUCGGUGGCUUUAAUGCACAUGCAGCCAAUUUGGUGGCUGCCAUCUACAUCGCAUGUGGACAGGAUCCAGCUCAGUCUGUUGGUAGCAGUAACUGCAUCACACUCAUGGAGUCUUCAGGACCGACAGGGGAAGACCUGUACAUCAGCUGCACUAUGCCCUCUAUUGAACUGGGUACUGUGGGAGGGGGCACCAAUCUGCCCCCACAGCAGGCCUGCCUCCAGAUGUUGGGUGUGCAGGGAGCCUGUCAGACCUGUCCAGGAGAGAAUGCUCGUCAACUGGCCCGGAUCGUGUGUGCCACAGUUCUGGCUGGAGAGCUGUCCCUGAUGAGCGCACUGGCUGCUGGACACUUAGUCAAGAGUCACAUGACACACAACAGGUCUAAGGUGGACCUCCAGGAGAUCCAGUCAGUGUGCAGCAGGAGACCUUCCACUUGAACAGCUUUAUCUCUUUCAGCAAACUCAAUUUAGUGGACAGAACACCGAAGCUAUGAAGAUGUGGACAGUUCAUGGGAAAAAAAAUUACAUGUCUAUCAGGAAAUCAUUUCAGAUGUCCCUCAAGACUUUUAAUAAAACCCAUCAGUAUCUUCUGACCAAGUGUUAAUCAGGAUUAAGAAAACAACAACAAAAGGUUGAAGGUGAUCAGACUUUUUGUUUCCACUGGGUUGGAAAAAACAAAAAAGAGCAUAUUGACAAACGGAGCCGUGCACAGAGAAGCUAUGUGUAUAAAAACUGAGUGCAUUAAAAUUUGAGUUGCAUUCAA